AUGAUCUCCCUGACCGGGAUUCUGAGUCUCCUCUCAGCUCUUGCAGCUACAAGUUACGCUCUCUCGUGUACGCAGUGCGCGUCUCAAUCCAAGACUUGUUCGGACGGUAUCAUCGUGACUUGUCAAUCAGGAUAUAAGUGCGGAUCCAUAUACUCAGAGACCACGGCUGGUCUAUCUGGAGUAAAUUUUGCAUAUCUGCUCAGAUCGUGUUUACCUUCAUCUGAAUGUAAUUUCAAAGGCAGCAUAACCAAUCUGCAACAAAAAACCAGGAUGGUCACUUCAUGUUGUGAAACUGACAACUGCAUCCCUACUAUUCCUGCACUCCCAACACAAAGCUCUGACCCCAAUGGAGUGGUCUGCCGAUCCUGCUUCUCUGGCGACUCUACCUGGUGUUACACUUCAGAUACUAUAAAAUGCACAGGGGAUGAGAAUAUGUGUCUCCUCCAGUCAACACAAACAACAGGACUAACCACAGCUAUACGGGGGUGCGCAACAAAAUCAUACUGUGAACUUGGCGUCCAGUCCCGAAGUUCUACAGGUGCUAAAGUCACCUGCACCAGCGGUGGAAUAAGUGUCCGUACCGUCGUCUUGACUCCGGCCAUUGCGUGUCUUCUGCUGCUGAAAUCGUUCUUCUAA